UGAUUAUGACAUUUUUGUCAUAGAAUAAAUUACAGAUUUGUCAAUUUUUGGCAUGAUCGUUGACUAUUUGGCUCUGGCGAAUUAAACUUACUACUUAGUACUUAGUCGUUUGACUUUUCUGUGGCUUUAUGCCGUGUGCUAUUGGUGAUACAUAAAUAUAAAAUAAAUGAUUUUUUUUCAAAUUUAAAUUUUUAUAAAUAGGUGAUUUAUGUUUAAAUUAUGUCAACUAUCAACGAUGAAAAAAUUGAUGUAGGCAGAACUGAGACAUUGGUGUACUCAGUAGAAGUACAAAAAGCAAUAGAUGAGAUACUGCCAAGUGAUGAUCCACUAGAUAAACCAGAUUUUGAUACAAUAGAUUAUAUCAACAAUCUGUUUCCUACAGAACAGUCGCUUACCAAUAUCGAUGAUGUUAUUAAUUCACUAGAAUGUAAAGUAGACUCCAUAGAUAAUGAUAUACGAUCAGUCAUUAGAGGACAAAUUGAAGUUAACAAGGAUGGUAAGGCUGAGCUUGAAGAAGCCCAACGUUACAUCAAACACCUUUUCAGUCAAAUUAGAGAGAUCAGGCAGAAAGCUGAACAUAGCGAGGAAGUAGUUAAAGAAAUUACGUUAGAUAUCAAACAAUUAGACUAUGCCAAAAAGAAUCUCACAACUUCUAUUACAACUCUAAAUAAUUUGCAUAUGCUUGUUUCUGGUAUUGAGUCACUCAGAGGUUUAACUACAAAACGUAAAUAUGGAGAAAUUGUGAUGCCUCUACAAGGUGUAACUGAUGUUAUGGAACAUUUCAAGAAUUACACAGACAUACCACACAUUGCUCAGUUAUCUACUGAAGUAAAACAACUUCAAAAAUCUUUAGCAACACAGAUCAUGGCAGAUUUUCGAGAAGCAUUUUCUGGACCAAAUGCAAAAAAUUUUGUACCUAACAGGCAAAUGACUGAGGCAUGUUUAGUUGUUUCAAUUCUAGAGCCAAAAGUCAAAGACGAAUUGUUAGAAUGGUUUAUAGAUCUUCAGCUCUCUGAGUAUACUCAUUUAUUUGAUAGCGCAGAGGAUGUAGCCUGGUUAGACAAGCUCAACCAACGAUAUGCUUGGUUUAAACGCCAACUUUUACAGUGCGAAGAAAAAUUUAGAGCUAUGUUCCCAGUUCAAUGGGAGUUAUCUGAAAGAAUUGCAGUUGAAUUUUGUAAAGUCACUAAAAAUGAGCUGUCUAAACUGAUGGUUAAACGAAAAAAUGAGAUUGAUGUCAAGCUUUUACUGUUUGCAAUUCAAAAAACUGUUGCAUUUGAAAAUUUGAUGGCAAAAACUUUUAGUGGCAAUACAAUUGUUCAAAAUUAUGAAAAAUCUUUGAACAAUAUAAAUAAACAACCAAUAAUCAACACUGAAACUGAAGAAAUUCUUCAACCUUUUUCAGAAGAAUUACAAAUAUCUGAUGUAUCAGGAAAUAUGCCCACGCUAAUACAAAAAAAUGAACCAAAACUAAAUUCAUCACCGUUUUAUGGUCUGAUAAGUGAUUGUUUUCAACCAUUUCUUUAUAUUUAUAUUGAUAGUGUAGAUAAAAAUCUUUCUGAACUGAUUGAGCGUUUUGUAAGUGACAAUAAGAUAACAUUGGCGAAAGAAAAUAUUGACGAUCAAACAGCUACUGUUCUACCAAAUUGUGCUGACUUAUUUUUGUUUUAUAAGAAGUCACUAGUACAAUGUACUGAGCUCAGUAAUCAUAAUCCAAUGCUUGCAUUAGCAGCCGUAUUUCAGAAAUAUCUUAAAGAAUAUGCCACUAAAGUACUAGAAGUUAAUCUUCCAAAAAUAAGUCAUCCAGCUACUUCUCUAACAACAAAUGUUUCAAACAUGACCAAAGACUUAAUAAAAGAUUUACAACUUCUUCCAAGUGGGAUGACUGAAGCUAGUAUUAAAAAUUUAAAUUGUACACCACAAGAAUUAGCCAAAAUUUGUUGUAUACUAACAACUGCCGAUUACUGUAUGGAAACCACACAACAGUUAGAAGAAAAAUUAAAAGAAAAAAUUGACCAUUGCUUGGUUGAAAAAAUUAGUAUGACCAAUGAAAAUGAUUUAUUUCAAAACAUUAUUUUCAUGUCUAUUAAUCUUUUGGUUCAACAUUUAGAAGCUGAUUUGGAACCUGCAUUAAACAAUAUGACCAGAGUUCCUUGGCAAAAUAUUUCAUCGGUCGGUGAUCAAAGUGAAUAUGUUACUAUUAUGACCACACAUUUGAGAGCUGUUGUUCCUAUUGUUCGAUCAUAUUUAUCAACAUCCAGAAAAUAUUUUACAAAGUUUUGUAUCACUUUUGCCAAUUCUUUCAUACCUAAAUUUAUACAACAUUUGUAUAAGUGCAAACCGCUAUCAAAUAUCGGUGCUGAACAAUUGUUGUUGGAUACACAUUCACUGAAAACCAUUUUAUUAGACUUGCCAUCAAUGAACCUUGAUGAUAACCGUAAAGCUCCUGCUAGUUACACAAAGGUUGUAGUUAAGGGAAUGACAAAAGCAGAAAUGAUAUUGAAAUUAGUAAUGGCUCCAACAAUAAAACACUAUACAUCUUUUGUCGAUCAAUAUUUAAAACUAUUACCAGAAUCUGAUAUGACAGAAUUUCAGAAAAUAUUAGAAAUGAAGGGUUUGAAAGCAGCUGAACGAAACGAGCUUUUGAAUAUUUUUAGACCCAGGAAUCCAACCGGUAGUUUUGUUACAAGUACAGCUGCAUUGUCUAGUUUGAAACAAUAUACUAGUCUCAUAAAAAAAAAUUUGAUAUCUAAUUCUAACAAUAAUUAGUCAUUAAAACGUAGAUGAAAAUAUAUUUUUGUAC